UGUCAUGAACACUCAACGAAAAGGUAAAGGAACAUUGCUAUGCAUUCAAAAAAAAAUUCUGUAUCUCUAAAGUAGACGGGGUAGGAAGCCAAAAGUCAUAAUUAUUUUCAAGUAAGAAGUAUUACAAUAAGCAUUUGAGUAAGAUACAAGAAGACGACGGCUAUCACAUUUUCGCGCCAAAACGACGCUGGUUCACGCGCGAUCACUACUUAGGAUUGAGAAGAUCUCGUUCUCCUAGUCGUCCUCGUUUUAGAAUCUAAAGCUCUCUAUGCACCGCCCUGGAGGAAAUGCUUGUCCUUGGCACCGUAUUUGUUGGCUUAUGCCAUUGGUACCCAUUUGUGAAGUGGGAGAGCGAGAGCUGUCAAACAAGUAACGUAAUGCACUACCUCGACAGUACUAAACAUAGUGUUAAUGAUAUAUGAAAUAAAUCAUAUAUGAACUGCGGAAAUGAAAUGAAAAUGCAGAAAUGAUCGUCGUUGUGAACGCAAUUUACGCAAUUUCGUAAAGAAGCCUGAAAAAAAUUCAGGACUUCAACGGGGUUUGAACCUGUGACCUCCACGAUUACCGGUGCGAUGCUCUACCAACUGAGCUAUGAAGCCACUGACGUUGGAAGCAGGUCAAUUGUGGGUUCAUAUGUUCAUAUGUUCAUAUGUUUCUGACCGCGGAAGGAUUAGUUGGUCGCAGGCUCGAUUCCUGAGAGCGGAACAAUACUCGGGGUCUGAGAAUAACUGAGAAAUGAAGGUACUUUCCUUUGCCCUGCAACGGCUUGACCACGUAAAAUGGCGGUCCCGUCUCCAGGAGGAGACGGAAAUAUAGUGUCCACAAUUAGUAGUCAAGUGCUAAAUACAUGAAAACUUUUCACUAAAGCACUUUUUAAAAUAAAGUACGCUUUUUUUGUUAUUGCGGAUUAUUAAGUGUAGACCAGAAUGUAAAGUUUUUAACGUACUUUGUUAAAUUACGUUCAGGUAUCCUCGGCGAUGUUUUUGUGGAUGGUAAGAAGCAAAGCGGUUGGAACAUAUAUCCUAUGGAGUUUAAACGAGAUUUUUUCUCCAAGUAAGUAAUUUAGAGUAAUGUAGCAUGAGUAUUAUACAUAAGGCAAAACCAAAAUAUCUCUGAUGAAUAGAUAACCAAAUUUUCUGCGCGUGCUUCGCGCACGAGGGAGCUCCGCAAUUUUUAUUUUUUUNCUAUGCUCUAAUGGCGCACAACGUUUUCGUUUCCAUUUCUAUACUAGAUUGAGCGACUUUCCGUCGUCAUGGAAAAAAGUAACAGAGUGGAACAAACCUUACCCUCCGACCCUGUACCGAGGGACAUUUGAUAUUAAAGGUGAAAUAAAGGACACGUUUCUUCACAUGAAAGACUGGACCAAGGGCGUCGCUUUUAUAAAUGGCCAUAACUUAGGGAGGUACUGGGAACUAGGGCCACAAGAGACGUUGUAUCUUCCGGCGCCAUGGUUACGAAGAGGCAAUAAUGAGGUAAGUUUUACCGAACAGUUUCGUCUCAGUUAAUUCAUUGAAAACGCCAGAGGGCUAAUGCGAUUUUAUUUCGGGAGCUACGCGUCUAAAAUUCCUUUCUUUUCUUGCGAGAGCAAGGAAAGUGAGUUUAGAGAUAUUUAGAACAACGAUCAUGAUCACUAUCAUCGUCAUCAUCGUCAUCACUAUUGUCAUCAUCAUAUAUUUAAUAAAGCAGGUCACAUGUAAGGCAGCUUGAAAGAUGAUGUGGACCUUUUACAGCAACACAACCGCACAUGCUUUUAAGGUUAAUUACACUACUGGGGUGUACAUAACCAACUUCGUUACCAGGAUUCUUGGAACGAGGUUUUUACGUACUCUUCUUUAAGAACAGCAGUGUGGGUUCUUUUGUGUUCCACAAGAAUCAGAACAGUGAAAAAGCUGUGAGACAGGGUCUAAGCCACGGUUUUUCGUCCUCAUCCGAGAAGGCUAUCCAUUUAUGUCCGAACAAAGGCAUUCUCCGCAGUUGGUCCGCCCGGGAUUUGAUCCCACGACUUCCCGCUUUCUCGCACUGGGCAGAGUAGCGCUUAUCUAAUUGAUCUAACGAGGCAGCGGUUUCUAAUGCACUAGAAAAUUGAGAAGAAUACCCACGCACAAAAUGCGAUGAGUUUUGUUUCUAAAAGGGGCUUUGCGGUAACUGUUGUUUUGUCUCUCUUUUGUCUGAUGUUAACAUGCAUAAAGGUGUCCCACAAUAGGUAAAAUAUCGGAUGAGAGGGUGUUAUCAACAGGGAGUUCACAAGUAUCGACAGUGUACAUCUAAAACUUACUGAGCAUCUCAAGUUAUCGGCGGAGAAAGUGAACGCUAAUUUUACGAAUCUUCCUCUGACCAAUUUCGUUUGUGUUUCUUUCUUUCAGCUUUUAGUGUUUGAGUUGGAAAAAUGCAAAGUUCCUGAAGUACCUUUCUCACUGGAGCCAAAGAUCAAGGGAGAGACUGUCGAUGUAGAAUAA